CGCAUUAGGAGAAAGUGCGCGUGUGAGUGUUGCUCCUCGUCAGGAGCAAAAGUGGAUCAGAGGAGCUGUCAGUUUCAGAACCAUUUAGCAGUGAAUGGAAAGCUCCCUUUCAACCAAGGUUAAAACGUCAGCCUUCUCAAUGCGGAAACCGGUGAUAAACGGCAGCGAACGUACACACGGCUACGCGGGUCUAUCAGGAUUCUGCAGCUUCUUAUAACAUUAGCAUUUGUAAUGACAGGGCCUGAAAAGAAGAUGAGCAGAGUAGCAUGGCGACGAGACCUGUCAAUCAUCUUCCAGCUUACUGACCCUCACCAAAUGAACCCAUUUUUAAAAUUCAUUUUGGGUUAGAAAGGAAACUUAGGAGACGAACAACAAGAAAGAGAGAGGCCUGCACUGAGGCCAGUGUGGGGACCAUGUCUCAGUCUGGCAAGAUCCUGCACCUGUAUGUGGAGGUGAGGUCUGUCCCGGAGGAAGAAGGGAAGGAGUUGGGGGGUGGUGUCGAGGGGAUUCACCCACUAGUGCUCCAAGAGCCGGACAUCCUACCUCAGUCCCAGCGCACCCCCAGCCACUCCACCUGUACCUGCACCUCCACCCCCAGCCCAACCUCUAUGUCCCCUGGAGUGGUGCAUAAUGUUGGGGGCAGCACUCCCAGCCUCACCCCCUCCAAGUCCUCCUCGAGACACUCUGUCAGUUUCCAGCUGGACCUACCGGACAACUCGGGACCGCCCAUCCACCACAGGCAGAGUCUGCCUUACGAGGGGACUAGUCAACUGCUCUCCACUCUCCAGCCUGCACCCAAUGGGCCGCAGCAUGGAACUCUGGUGCGCCCCCGCUCCUCAGACAUUGAGCACUACCAAGGGAGGGUACCCCUAUCCCCUGCCUGCUCUGGGAUAAUAACUGCCCCCUCCACUCCAACCAGUGGGUGCAGGUUCUACGAUAGCUCUGGUGUGGGGGAUGAGGGCAAACGCUCUGUGGUCAGCUUUAGCUACAUAGAGAAAGCCAGCAUUAAGUCUGUGGACAGCCCCUGCAGUGCUUUGUGCCAAAGUAUACCUGAGAACCCCUUCAGUAGAGGAAUGGAGGAGGGGUAUCUGCCUGCCCGCCUCAGGAAGAGGCUUAGUGACCCUGUGUGGUCAGACAGCUGGAAGCCCUCCGGUAGCUCCAGCCCCAAACUGUCCCCCAAGGGCUCCCCCUGUCUCCGUAGGUCCACUCUGGACACUGUAGCCAGAGAAGCCACCUACAGGGCCAUGGAGGAAUUUGGCUCCCCGGAACUGAGGCGCAGACUGGCAGCCUACAGCCCAGACCAGAGCCCCAGCUUUCCACGGCACUACCAGCAGCAGCUCCGCUGCAAGUCCUGGGUAGGGUCCCCAGUCCUGCCCCAGGGUACCAAAACAAUGCCCGUCAAUCCACACCUCAUAGACCCAGACAGGAACCGCGGUUUAAAUGGCCUCACCAGAAGCCCAGCUCCUGACCAGCUCUUCGUUCAAGCCAGGCAGUCCUACUACAAAUACACCAUGUCCCCCUCCAGUGUUCGCCACCACUAUGGUGUCCAUAACCACAGGCCAGGCCUGGGGGACGAGAGCCCCAGCUUGUCCUCCAAGUUCCGCCCGCCUUUACCUACAGGGAGGCCCACUGCGAUUCAGCAUGACAUACCAGCAAGCAUGCCUACCAGCACCUCGGCCUCUUGCAACCAGAGGACUAGCAGCCAAACCAGCAGCUACACUCCUAGCGAUAGCCACUGCUUACCCAACAAAGUCAACUCCAAACCGUCAGAUCAGUCAAAUGGCAGCAAGCUGGGAGAGGGAUUGAACCAGACCAGUGGCAGGAGAAGUAUCUCCCAGGCCUCUAGCCCUGACAUGGCCCGUAAGCUGGCAGAGGAAGUUACCAAGCUUCCCACCAUCCUCAUGGACAGGAGGACUCCCUCCCCCACCCCAUUCCAGACUGACUUGGCUAAGUCAGAGAGCCCCAGGCCUGGCUACCUCUCUAGGAAGUCUCAACCCUAUACCACCCUCCAAGGCACGGGUUCUCCAGCGCAGCCCCACCCUGAAGCUAACAGUAACAUUUAUCUCCAGGACCACAGGUCGACAGACAAGGAGUCUCCUAGUGUUGGAUGCCACUCCAGAGAGUCCAGACCAGGCCAAGGCUCAGGGCAAGCCUCCACCCUCCUACAGCAGAAGGGCAUCUCCUCCCCUACUAUACCAGCUAUGCUGCACCCAGUGGUGGCGUCCCAGACCCCUAUCAUAGACCCUCGGCUGCAGAGAGCUGAGCUGGUGGCGAAAGACAGCCCCACCCUGCACCGCCACCAACCCCCACAGUACAUGGGAGACCGGGGCUCCCCUGGCCUGUAUAGGAGACAGUGCGACACCCUCUUUGACAGAGGGGAUCCAAGGGACAGCUCGGAGAGCAGCAGGCGCCUGGUUAUAGGCCUUGACAUGGAGACACCAGACAGCUGGACCUCCAGGAUGCAGCAGUGGAGGGAGAACGUGUCCGUCACGGACCAAGACGAGUCCAAUAGGGAGGAUCAGACUGCUGAUGGUGAUGGAUUGUGUGUGGUGACCAAGGAAGAGCUGAUGCAACAGGGGAGGGAUGAAGCAGCUGGGUUGGGGGAUAAACAUGGGGUAAACAGGGGGGAGACCCAGGACCAUAGCGGAUUGCUGGGGUCUUCCCAAAGCUCCAGUGGAGUGACAGGCAGUCUAGAGGAAAACAGUCAGCCAGAGAGGGACUGUCUCUCUCCAGAGACAUCCAGCCAGUCCAGCCAGAAGAGCAAUGACACUGAAGACACUGCUUCUGGGAUGCAGUCAGACAGCCACUACUCUGUGCUGGGCCCGUCCUUGCACUCCCAGAGGAUUGCCCAUGCCAAAUGGGAGUUCCUGUUCGGACAGCCCACAGAGGACUGCCAUGAUUCUAAAGCCCCCCCUAGGGGCACCUCCAGUGAGUCUCCCAAGCCUACCCCUCCCUCCUCCCUGCCCCUGAAGCCCACAAAUCAAUGGACGGGGCUGGAUGAUGAGGGACAGAGUUUAUCCUAUCACAACGUCCAGCAGGUGGAGGUGGAGCUGGUGACUCCGCCCCCAGUCGCUGUGGUUGGCAUCUCACCCAAGACGGGCAUCAUCCGGAAAACCAUCAAGUACUCUGAGACGGACUUAGAUGCGGUGCCCCUGAAAUGCUAUAGGGAAACAGACCUGGAUGAGGUAAUGUUAGCUGAGGCUGAGGCCCAGGCAGAGAGAGAGAGAGAACAGGAGGAGGUGGAAGUGGACUCUGCCUUUGGGAGUAAUCGCAGCGUGCUGGCCACCUCGGCCUCUAGCGCCAGUACCAUAGUCCACACUGACGGAGAGGUGGAGGAGCUAGAGGAGGAGAUGGUGAGCUGGGCCAGUGUGAGGAUGCAGGGGGAUAAGAAGAGACAACAUGCCACCCAUGAGGAUAAUCAGACGUACAGUCUGCUGAUGAAGGGUUGUCCGUUGGACUACAUAUCAGAUUCCCAUUCAGCACUCAAGUCCCCCAUCUCAUUGACCAGCCCUCGCAGGACCUCUGCGGAUGGCCUUGACUCCUUUAGCCACCACUUUGAGAGCAUUGUGGAGUCUCACCGGGCUAAGGGCACCUCUUACAGCAGCCUGGACAGCGUUGACCUCUUGACCUCCAGCGGCCCGCACGUUUUCACCUUUGACCUUCCCACCCUCACCCCUGAGAUCCAGAGCCAGAUAUGUGAGAGUGCGCGUCACAUCACGGAGCUGAGUUUUGCCCCCCUGGCCCAUCCAGAGGCUCCCAGGGUGUCUGUCCCUGUCCGGUCUGAGAACACCCUGGCCCCCACAGGAGACUGGCUCAGCAGCUACUCUGAGGAUUCUACUUCAGGAGGGAAGUCCUGGUUGGAGAAAGUCUCAAUGAAAACGAACUUAGACUUUCCUCUCAUUCGGGAGAAGCCAGGCCACCGGGCUCCAGACCUGUUCCCACAGCAGGACGUGGGCGAGCAUUUGGCCCUGGGCAGCACCGAGUCCCUGUCCAAUGGCAAUAAGGCUGACCUGCAGUCUGCCAAGCGCCUGGCCAAACGCCUGUUCAACCUGGAUGGCUUCAGGAAGUCUGACGUGGCCAGGCACCUCAGCAAGAAUAAUGAGUUUAGUCGGAUGGUGGCAGAGGAAUAUCUCAGUUACUUCAACUUCUCAGGCCUUACUAUUGACCAGGCAAUACGAGCCUUCCUGAGGGAGUUUGCCCUCAUGGGAGAGACACAAGAGAGGGAGCGAGUGCUGGCCCACUUCUCUAGGAGAUAUCUACAAUGCAACCCAAAUGCAAUACCUUCUGAAGACAGUGUCCACACUCUGACCUGUGCCCUGAUGCUGCUCAAUACAGACCUGCAUGGCCACAAUAUUGGCAAAAAGAUGUCCAUUCUGCAGUUCAUCAGCAACUUGGAAGGACUAAAUGAUGGAAAAGAUUUUCCUAAAGAACUGCUCAAGGCCUUGUACAACUCCAUUAGAAACGAGAAGCUCCAGUGGACCAUCGACGAGGAGGAGUUGCGCAAGUCCUUUUCAGAGUUGGCCGAUUUGCGCACCGACUCCGCCUCUCACACCAUGAAGCGAAUCGGCGGUGGUCUAGGCGUGGCCCAGAAUCCUGACGCCCUGAUCUAUAAGAAUGGUUUCCUGGUGCGGAAGGUCCACGCAGACUCUGACGGCAAGAGAACCCCUCGAGGUAAGAGAGGAUGGAAGACGUUUUAUGUCAUGCUGAAGGGAUUGGUCCUUUACCUGCAGAAGGGAGAGUACCGCCCAGAUAAGCAGCUGUCUGAAGAGGAUCUGAAGAAUGCUGUGUCCAUCCACCACUCUCUGGCCAUGAGGGCAGCAGACUACAGCAAGAGGCCCAACGUGUUCUACCUGCGCACUGCAGACUGGCGAGUGUUCCUCUUCCAAGCACCUAAUGCAGAGCAGAUGCAGUCGUGGAUCACCCGUAUCAACGUGGUCUCAGCCAUGUUCUCAGCGCCACCCUUCCCUGCAGCCAUUGGCUCCCAGAAGAAAUUCAGCCGCCCGCUGUUGCCAGGCUCCAACACCAAACUGUCUCAGGAGGAACAAGUGAAAUCCCAUGAGACACGUUUCCGGACCAUCUCCUCUGAGCUGAUCGAGCUAACUGCUGUGAUUCCAGACAAAAAGGCCAAAGUUCGUGAUCUGGAAGAGCAUAAGCAACGUGAGGAGUACCUGGAGUUUGAGAAAACUCGCUAUGGGACGUACGCAAUGCUACUGAGGUCUAAGAUCCGGAGUGGGGAAGAGGACCUGUCUCUGUUCGAGUCACGCCUCUUUGAAGAUGGGGGUCUCCAGAGGGCCCACUCCAGCCCCACUCUGCGGGAGGAGCACAGCAGCAGCAGCCAGGCCAGCAGUACCAGGGAGCGGGGAAGCAGCAGCAGCAGCCAGGCCAGCAGUGCCAAGGGGGGGGCCAACAGCAGUAGUUCCAGCACCAGGGGGAGCAGCAAGACCAAGCGCUCUGAGCCCCAGAGACACAGCUACAGACAGGCUGUCAAACAGUGAGAGGGACACAAGAGGGUGUUGGGGUGGACAGGGUGGUUUAAACGAUUGGAUUAUCCGUGUCGAUCGAUACACAAGGACCACUGGUGUGCCCGGUCUCCAUGACUGGAAAAUGGUGGGGAGGUGAAAGAUAAUGGGGGGAUAGACCUGUUGCAUGCUUCUAUCCUGAGAAACCACAGACACUGGAUGCACCAGGGCUAAUUAUACAGUACAGUGGAUACUCGGUCUCCCAUUUUACUAUACAAAUGACUAACUUCUGCGUGGUCCUACAUUACUGGUAAUAUCCACAUUCAUUUAAUUUGAUUAUGCUUUUGGACCAAUUUCUUGUUGACAUAAGAGACAAAGAUGGGAAUAUUACGUUAAAUCAGUCAUUAGAUCUGGGGUUUUUAAGAGGUGUAGGUUGUUUUCCCUCCACGAAGGUUCAGUAUCGAUCCAUUCCAUCUACUGUACGUCAUUACCGCCCAGCCCACCUCUCGGUGACCAUCUAGGAGGGACCGAGACAGAGCUGCAUCAGCUGAUCUCACUGUUCCCAUGGAGACUAAACAGACUCCGUGCCCAUGUCAGGACCCCUACCGACCAGAGUGCCAGGACCUCAACCCACCCACGAUGCAUUUGGAGGAAACUGGAAGGAACACUGUAUUCUUCAUGAGACAUGAUCAAUUGGAACGAAUAUAGAAGGUUACUGGACAUCAUUUUAUGAUGCUGCAUGCACAUACUAGUUUUGUUUUCAAAGUCUUUGCUAUGAUUUUGUUAUUCUAAUGACUUUUCUGGUGACAAACUGCACUGAUCCAGAACCAGGCCCGGUUUGAGUAACUGUGUAGCUCUGCUGGGUCUAAUGAUUUCUAAAGACCUUUUACACACAUCAGCUACGGCACCGAGGGAUUUGUCAUACUAAUGGGGUGAUGAAGUAGAUUGAUCACACAGGCUGGCUAUCUGUCCGUUUAAUUCACUUUUGAAGAGAACUGCAUGCAUAUCAGGAGCUUGAUGACUCUGUCUUCAAGGACAUGCUUCACUAUAUCAAAAGACAAUCCUUUUUAAAACAUUCUAACGUUAUUCACGUGGUGUUUUGCAUUUGUACAACUGAAAAUGAAACAUGACAGAGCUUAGUUUACAGUAUAUCUCAGCUGUAUGUCAAACACUCGUUUUGAAAGUGUCUACAGGAAGAACUCGUCAGAUCAUUGAUGAAAUUAAUUCAAAUGUUGGUAGAAUGUUGAUUUAAAUUCAGUAUUAUGAAUUGUAAUGAGGCACCGUCUACCACACCCAAUAUAUUGUAUAAAAGAAUGUAACAUGUGUAAAACUAUAUAGAAUGUUAUGGCGUGGCAUAGCCAUUUUCUUCUCAGGCUGGCAGUGUUGUCUGUAAACUGGUGCAGUAAUGCCACAAUAUAGCCACCAAAGGGGGCAGUUCAAAUGGGGAAAGGUUGGUCAGAUUGGCUUGACUGUAUAAUACCGGGUUUAUCUGGGUGUCAUGGACUCAGAGGCUGCAUUUACACAGGCAGCCCAAUUCUGAUCUUUUCCCACCAAUUGGUCUUUUGACCAAUCACAUCUGAUCUGAUUGACCAAAAGACCAAUUCAAAAAUAUAGGUCUGCUUAAACACAGCCAGAGUGAAGUCUUACUGCUUUACUUUCCCACCUGUUAAAAUAUGACCACGGUGAAAUGGAUGAUUCCAGGGGUGGAGGUUCCCACCACCAACAGUAUGAGAUUAUGUUAUGUUGUUGAAUUAGACAGAAUAACCUCACAUGGCGGAGAUGGUUCUGUGAUGAGUCGCCUUGCCUGAAGACAUGUGUCUUGAACUGUUACCUAGGCUUUAGCUCAGCGGGUUCAAACCAGCAACAUUGGCUGUCAUUGUAAUUCUAUGGGGACCAUGACAGGGUGAGGCAUGAUGUGUUCAGUCAUGCAGAAUGCCACAAUCACUAUUUGGGUGUGUCAGGCUCCCACUGUGAAUACGUGAGGGACAAUAAAUCAACAGUAGACCUAAACUAAAGUAGCGUCAAGGACCUUUUUGAGUAGGGCUUCUAAAUGUGAUCGAACACAGGGGUUAUCACACCCUUCUGCACUUUCGGUUAGGGACUAGUGUUGAAGUCUAAUAUCUUUCUUUUGCUUACCAGUUAACUUGGUCUUGUUGAGUAUUUGUCACUGUCAAAAACGUACUGCUAUAUCUGUACAUGUUUCUACUGGACUCACUUCCCAUAGACGCUAAAACGUGCAACUUAUUUCUAUACAUUUUUCUUGAUUAACUCUGUAUAUUGUCAAUAACACAUUAAGAUUUUGCUCUCAGUCAAACAUACUAAAUGGUUUAUCUUUUGAGGAAUAGUUGACAAAAAUAAACACAUUUUGAAAAGA